UUGCCGCAGGGUCAGUGAAUAAUCCGUUUUUCCUCUCAAUUAUUUUCUGCACUAAUUUGCAGAAGCAGCCCUUAAAACACCCAGGCGUCCCAAGGGUGGCUGUGUGUGGACUGAAAUGAAAGGUAAAGAGCGGUCGCCGAUUAAAAAACGCUCCCGGGCCUUGGACGAUAUUCGAGACCGGGGAGGAUGCCAUCCGACCAGCAAGAAAAUGGGGGCUCUUUCCGUCUCCAGUGGGAGUAAUAAUGGAAAUAGCUCGACCAAAAGCGACGGAGGCUCGACGAGAAGGAGUUUGCUCGGUGAGAAAAGAGACAGAGAUUUCGACAGUCACAGCCGGGCUGGAAAUAACCAUAGCUGUCAGUCUGCCGCCGCCAGCUCCGUCGGUAAAAACCACAACCUGAGCCUGACGCUGGAUUUAGCCGCACCGAGGAGCGCCUCACGGGGGGAGCAGCAGCGUGUUCAGCCGCCCAGCGCCGAGAGUGAGUACAAAACACUCAAAAUAAGCGACCUCGGCACCCAACUGAGCGAUGAAGACAUAGAGGAUGGACUGUUUCAUGAAUUUAAGAAGUUUGGAGAUGUGAGUGUCAAGAUCAGCCGCAGCAACGACGAGCGGAUUGCGUUCGUGAAUUUCAGGAAGCCGGAGGACGCCAGAGCUGCGAAGCACGCCAGAGGCAGGCUGGUGCUCUACGACCGGCCGCUCAAAAUCGAGACCGUGUACAUUAACAGGAGGAGAAGCCGCUCCCCUGUUGAGAGAGACGUGUAUGGUGCAGCUCAAAGCCAUAGACAUUUGCAGAGACCCCUCUCGCCUACCGGGCUUGGAUACAGAGACUAUCGGCUACAGCAGCUGGCCUUAGGACGGCUCCCCCCUCCCCCGCCGCCCCCUCUGCCCAGAGAACUGGAUCGGGACAGGGAGUUUGCCCUGUUUGAAGCCAGGGCACGCCCAGCUUUCAUUGCAGAGAGACCUGCUUUUCGAGAGGAGGAUUUUAUAUCUCCGGAAGAUGACCAAAGAGCCAACAGGACGUUGUUUUUAGGCAACCUGGACAUAACUGUUACAGAGGCGGACCUGAGGAGAGCAUUUGACAGGUUUGGAGUCAUAACAGAAGUGGACAUUAAGAGACCCACACGGGGACAAACCAGCACAUAUGGAUUUCUGAAAUUUGAGAAUCUUGACAUGGCUCACCGUGCUAAGCUUAGCAUGUCUGGGAAAAUAGUGGGCCGCAACCCCAUAAAAAUAGGUUAUGGGAAAGCAACUCCCACCACACGCCUGUGGGUGGGUGGACUCGGACCCUGGGUCCCCUUAGCUGCACUGGCAAGGGAGUUUGAUCGCUUUGGUACUAUAAGGACCAUUGACUACAGAAAGGGGGACACAUGGGCGUAUAUACAAUAUGAAAGUUUGGAUGCUGCACAAGCAGCAUGCACACACAUGCGGGGCUUCCCUCUGGGAGGUCCAGAACGAAGACUUAGAGUGGACUUUGCUGAUGCUGAGCAUCGUUACCAGCAGCAGUUCUUGCAGCCUCUCCCCAUACCGCCGUUUGACAUGGUGGCUGAGUCAUUUGUCCACCGUGCCACACCUGAACCUCUGAGGGUCAGGGAACGGACUCCACCGCCGCUUCACUUCAGGGAAAGAGAGCUCUUUCCUGGAACUGAAUGGCCCAAUCCUGCUAUUCGUGAGCGGGUGCGUGCCUCACCCUUUGAACCUCUGGAGCACUUGGAACGCGAGCGGCGGGCACGGGAGCCCUGGUCUUUGGAACGAGAGCUGCAGGGACGAGAGCCUGCUCGUAAGCGGCGCGUAAUGGAGGACGGACGCCAUCUAGAUCACUCCCCUGAUAGCACAGAGAGGACAGUAAGACGCAGACGUGUCUCUCCAGAUGGCAGUCCUGGAGGUAGCAGCAGAGAUGGAGGGCGCUUCAGUGACUCAGAACGCCCUCUGCGGGGCGAGAGACCCUCCCCAGCACGAGAGCGUCACAGCAGCCUUGAACGAGGUGGGACUGAACGGAGACUCAAAAGCCAGUCUCUCUCUGACAAGGCACCCUCGAGCAGCAGCAUUUCAGCAGUGGGAGAGCGUAAGCGUAAAGCAGGUGAUGGUAGCAAAGGGCCGGCCAAGAGAGAGCGCUCUGAGAGCAGUUCCAAGGGAGCCCAGCAGUCCAAGUUGGACGGCACCAAACUCAGUUUGGCCUGGCAAGGUAUGCUGCUGCUGAAGAACAGCAACUUCCCGGCCAACAUGCACCUGCUGGAGGGCGACCACAACGUAGCCAGCGACCUGCUUGUUGACGGCACAACGGGGAGACAGGUGAGCGAGCUAAAGAUCACCCAGCGCCUCCGCCUGGACCAGCCCAAGCUUGACGAGGUCUCCCGGCGCAUCAAAGUGGCGGGCCCCGGCGGCUACGCCAUCCUGCUGGCAGUUCCUGGGACCACAGAGGAUACAUCUUCGUCUGACCCUGCAGCCUCAACUCAGCGGCCGCUUCGCAACUUGGUGUCCUACCUCAACCAAAAACAAGCAGCUGGAGUCAUCAGCCUGCCUGUGGGAGGGAGCAGAGAUAAAGACAACACAGGGGUUCUUCAUGCUUUCCCUCCUUGUGAUUUCUCCCAGCAGUUCCUAGAUUCCUCUGCUAAAGCUCUGGCUAAAAGUGAAGAGGACUAUUUGGUCAUGAUUGUGGUUCGUGGAGCAUCUUAAAAAUCAGAACACACUAAGUUCAAAUGGUGUAAAAAAAAAAAAAAAAGAAAUCUGCUGUAUGUCAGUAACUAUUGCAUGCUGUGUGUUCUGCAUUAUGGGGUACACUAGUAUGGUUCUUGAGUGUUUGUAUGUUGCCAUGUAAUCCACUAAAAUGACAAAUGGUGCCCUCCUACAAAACUAAAAAGGGUGUGUGUUUUUGAAAUCUUUUUUUAAAGGGUAUAUUAACGGCUCACAAAGUCAUAAAGCGACAGUAAUUCCUUCAGAAUACUGUAAAACAGUUAAAUAUGAGGAGCAUUUUAGGAAUAAACUUCUGUGCCGUGUCAGAAGAGACAGCUUUUUUUGGACAGCUUUUUU